AAAAAUAUAGAGGAGGAAAAUAUCGAAAAUGUUGAUGAUAUUGAUAAUGUUGAUGAUGUUAUUUAUGAAGGUAUAGAAAAUAAAAAGGAUAUAAUUGAUAUAAGUUCAGAUGAUGAAGAGUUAUAUAAUAAUAGUACUGAUGAUAUUAAUGAAUUGAUAAAAUAUAAAGAGAAAUAUAUAUCUUAUGAAAAAAAGUUUUAUACUAAUAAAAGUAUAUAUUGUGUUAAUUCUUUUAAAAAAUGGAUAUAUUUUGGUAGUAUAAAUAAUAAGUGUUAUUUAUAUAAUAAUGUUGAUGAUAAUUUGAAGAAUUAUAUUGUGAGUACCACAACACAUAAUAAUAAUAAUAGUAAUAAUUAUAAUAAUAGUAAUAAUUAUAAUAGUAAUUAUUAUUAUGAUAAUAUAAAAUUUACAGAUUUAAAUAAUAAUAAGAAAAUAAAUUUAUCUGAUUUAAAACAUCAAAUAUACAGUGAUACUAUUACAAAUAUAAAAUUUUCAAGGAACUUUCAAUAUGUUGGUUUGUCUAUAUAUAAUGGUGAUAUAUAUAUAUAUGAAAAUAAUAAUGAUAACGGUUCAGAAAUUAUUAAUUAUAAUUUAAAUAAUAUGAAGAAAAAUAUAAAUAAUAGUAAUGGUUUAUUGGAUAUAUUUAAUUGGGAUAUUGAAAAAAAAAAAACAGAUGAAUAUAUAGUAAAUGAAAAUAUGAAAUUAAUAAAUAUAUUAAGUAUUAAUAAUGAUAAUGAAAAAAAAGAUUUAGAAUAUUCUAUGUUUUGUUUAUAUCAUGAACAUAUAUUUAUAAGUAUAUAUGUAAACUGUACAAAUAUUUAUAUAUGGAAUGUAUUAGAAGGUACUCCAAUAAAUAUCAUACAUACCACACAAGUACCUACAUUUAUAAACUUAUGUAAUUAUGAAAAUAAAUUUUAUAUGAUAGCUGGUUUUAAUACUGGUCAGACUUGUGUGUAUGACUAUGAUAUAUAUAACGUGAAAAGGAUUGGUCAAAUACAAGGUGGCAAAUAUGUUGAUAGUAAUAAAUUUUUUGAUAAUAAUAAAAAUGUUCAUGAUAAUACACAUACAAACUCACUUAAUAAUUACAACAAUUCUUAUUAUAAUGAUGAUGAUAUAAAUGAUGGGGUAUUAUGUAUUGACAACAACCUGGCUAACGAAAUAUAUAUUUGCACUUAUAAAAAUAUUAUAAACAUAUACAAUAUAAAUAAUAAUAAUCUAAUUAAUACAUACAAAAAUUUACAUAAUGAUUUAAUAGAUUGUUGUUUAUUUAAUAAUAAAAAAUAUAAUUUAUUUGCAUCCUGUUCUUUAGAUAAUAAAAUUAAUAUUUAUGAUUUUCAACAUAAUAAAUCUAUAAACCAAUUUUAUGUAAAUUAUCAUUUUAAUGAACCAGAUCAAAAUCAACAAACAGAAAAAGGAAUCAACUUUUUAAGAUGGAUUAAUACUAAUUUACUUUUAUUUACAAGCUUAAAUGGUAAUAUUUAUAUCUAUGAUAUCAGAUCAAGAAAAUGUAUUCACCAGUUUUAUUCUCACACGGAUACUAUAUUUAAUGUAAAUCUUUCUCUCCAUUUAUAUCAACAGAAAAAUAUUUUAUCUAUAUUAACAGCUAGCGAUGAUAAUUCUUCCAACAUGCACUUUUUGGAUAUAUCUCCACAUUUAUAA